AUGCAUCAUAUUCGAGAAAAGAAAAACCCGACACUCCUAAAACAAACAGAAAAUUUAAAAUUAAAAAGAAAAUCAAUUUCAAAAGUACAAGUGGCCAGCGGUGAUUCUGAUUCAAGUACCGGACCUCCUAUCAAAAAAUUGAAAAAAUAUUAUAAACAAAAUUUUAAAACUGAAUGGCUUAAAGAAUUUAAAUGGUUAAAAAAUGUGAAGCCAGAAAAUAAACAAGGCCUAUUCUUUUGUAAACUUUGUAAUAAAAGUUUGAAAGGGGGAUAUGCACAUUUAAAACGCCACGAAAUUAGUGAAGUACAUAAAGCAAAUGAAAAAGCACAACAAUUAACUCCUUCUAUUGAAAAAAAAUCUGGAUUAAAAAUGAUAGAAUUCAUAGCAGAAUAUAACUUGCCAAUAACUUUAAUGGAUCAUCUUCCUAAAUUAAUUAAUAAUGUGUAUCCAAAUUGCGAACAUAUCAAGGAUGGUAGAUGUGGCAGGACAAAGUCCACUAAAAUUUUGAAAGAAAUUUUUUCGAAAGAAUAUAGACGGGAGAUGGUAGAAAUAAUGAAGAGUCUUUCAUUUUUUUUUAUUAUAGACGAAACUACCGAUGUGGGAACAAAAAAGUAGCUUCUUAUUGUUGUCAGAUAUUUUGAUGGAGUACAAAAUAAAGUGCGAGACAAAUGUUUACUUCUCAUAGAACUCGAGGAGUGUACUGCACAGUCUAUUAGUCAAAAACUUUUAAACUUUUUAAAUAAAAAUGAAAUACCAAUAAAAAAUCUUAUUGGCUUGGGCGUAGACAACGCUUCAGUAAUGAUGGGUCAUAUAAGUGGGGUGAGAGCUCGACUUAAAGCUGUUAUUCCAGAUCUCUAUGUAUUAGGAUGUUCAUGUCAUUCUUUUUACUUUUGUGCCUCUGCAGCAUGUCUAAAACUGCCCAGAACAAUUGAACAGUUUGCAAGAGAUAUAUACAAUUAUUUCAGUAAUAAUUGCAAAAGAUAUGUCGAACUUAGAAAAUGCCAAGUGUUUCUUGACAUGAAACCCAAUAAGUUACUGCGCCCAAGUCAAACUCGAUGGCUUUCAUUACAAAUGGUAGUGGAAAAGAUACUACAUAAUUGGCAACCGCUUACUUUGUUCUUUCAAGGAGCACUUUUGGAAGACAGAUUGCAAUCAUCACAAAAUAUAUUGAACGCUCUUUCAAAUCCUGUAUACAAAUUAUAUUUUUUAUUUUUAAAUUUUAUUUUAGAAGUUGUAAAUAAGUUGAACUUAAGGCGAGUUUACACGGUGCGAACUAACGGGUCAGUUGAGACGGCAAGUAACUGUAUGCCAGCUAUUGUUACCGUUUAA